AUGCCGAACAAAUUUGUGAUCACGGCGCUUACACUCGUGGCGACCUCGGUUGCGCAUACCGCAAUAGCACCAAAAUGGAUGGCGGACCCCAAGUUUAAGAGCCUACCGGCAAUCCCCAGAGCAUACUCGACUUCUGGCUGGUAUCAGGGUAGUCUUUUCUUUUUGAUUACUGCGCUGGUCAACUACCGCUGGUCUGCCCUGGAUCUUCCAAACGGCUUGACCGAUCCGGUUGAUAAAGGAAUUGCUGGUAUCUUGGUUUUUCUGCUCUACGGAAGCAGUGUCUGGUAUUAUGGCCAUGGAGCCAAAGACACCAGUGCUGCGGUGCUUCUUGCGGGCUCCGUGCAAGCCUGGGCGGCUUUCUUCUAG